UCUGUGUGUUUGUGUGUGUGUUUGUGUGUGUGUGUGUGUGUGUGUGUUUGUGUGUGUGUGUGUGUGUGUGUGUGUGUGUGUGUGUGUGUGUGUGUGUGUGUGUGUUUGUGUGUGUGUGUGUGUGUGUGUGUGCGUGUGUGCAGAAGGAAUAUAUAAAAGCACAUUUUACUACCAUUCAGUCCCUCCUCCGCUGCAGCCUUUCUGUUCCUGUUUUAUCUUGCAGGUCUGUCGCUCCCUGCAGAAGCAUGUCUUCCUCCUCCUCCUCCUCUUCCUCGGAGCUGCCCUACUUUUGUCCUCGCUGUGGGGACGAGUUUCGUUUCUCGUCUGUACCUGAGCUCAGGGCUCACCUGGUCAGCCGACACACCUACGAGACCCUGCUGGUGCUGUCGCAGGCUCGGGUUAGAAGCUCCAGACCCGGUGCCCUGCUCCCCCUCCCUGGACAAACUGUAUCCCAAAGACAGAGCUCCUCCCUGGGCAUGAGAGCCCACAGCUUCCCCCUGCCGCUGGCCUGCCUGGAUCUGGCCUCGUCGUCCGCCUCCAUUCAGCUGCUCAGGGAAAUGUUCGGCCCUUCUACAGAUCCUUCGUCUGCGGGACCUUUAGAGGACUCGUCCAGCGCUCUGGCCCUCCCCGGCUCUGUGGGGCCUCUUCCUGGGAAGAACCUGGGCCGGGUGGGGCUCCAGCUGGGCCUGGACUUGGGGCUGUCGAUGGGGAUCGGGCUGGAGGAGAGGCUGGGUCUGGGUCUGGAUCAUAAGAUCGCUCGGACGUUUGCAGAGGUGGAGGAGAGGGUGAGCCGUCGCAUGGGUCGACUGAAGGUGGAGCUACAGAGGAGGGAGGCGGAGCUUGAGCGGGAGAGGCAGGAGGGGGAGCGACUUAAGGGCGAGAAACAGGAAGUGGAAGACAAGGCGGUUUACCUGGCCGGACAGGUCUCUGCUGCCAUGGCGAUGAUGGAGCGAUUAAAGAAAGAAGUGGAAGGAAAAGAGAGAGAGCUGGACGAACGACAGCAGGAGAUGGUGGACAUCGAGUGUUUUCUGAGGGAGACCGCAGAGAGAGAGGCCGAGGCCAAAUCCAGACUGCAGGUUUUCAUCGAGACGUUGUUGGAGCGAGCCGACCGCGCAGAGAGACAGUUACUGCUGCUGGGCUCACACACACAUCACAACCACUACACACACCACAACGACAGGUACGCACAACCGUACACACCCACACCUGGCCGAGGAGGACGCAGUCUGGACGCCAGCACUGAUGACAUCAUCGCAGACAAGAUACAGGGAACCAUCGGGAACAGGAGGAGUUACAGUGUUUCAGGCUCCUACAGACUCGGGGAGCAGCCGUACAGCCAACACCACUACAGCGGUCCUACUGGUCAUAUGCGGACCUCGUCUCUGGGUUCAGGGGGAUGGGACGGUGAGGGGGGGUUCACCCAGCUCCACUCCCACUUCUACGCUUCACCCUGGGCUCGACGAGAGAGAAGAGAGAGACAGUGGGUGGGGGAGGGAGGAGGUGGAAGAACCUGGAGCAAAAGAAACCGUCGUCACCACAGCACUGAGGAAGAGGAGGAGGAGGAAGACGAGGAGGACGGAGAGGAGGAGGAAGGAUUCUGGAGCAGCGCUGAGAUGAGGAGGCUCAUAUUUGCCAGGACACACACACCUGGCUCAGAAGUCCCCUCCUCACUUGACUCCACCCCCUCCCGUCGUCAUGGUGACAGAAACUUGGGGGCAGACACCUUGAGGCUGAGGGCGGGGCUUUUCUGCGUUUUUCCGUACCUUGAUGUUCGCUCCCUGCUGCGGGCCGCUGAGGUCUGCUCAGAUUGGCGCUUCGUAGCUAGGCACCCGGCGGUUUGGACACGCCUCCGGCUGGAGAACGCCAGAGUGUCAGCAGAGUUCCUGUCCACUCUGUCUCAGUGGUGUACACAAACUCAGUCAGUGGUCCUCAACAACCUGAAGCCUCGGAGCAGACGAGCCAAUGAGACGAGAGAGGAUUAUCACAAGACGACGCGAGGCAGCGUGGAGCCGGGGGUGGAGGCCUUGCUGCGGUCAGCAGGGGGCAGUCUGCUCCACCUGUCUGUCUCUCAGUGUCCUCACAUCCUCACAGACCGGACACUGUGGCUGGCCAGCUGCUACAGCCGGAACCUGCAGACGCUCACCUACAGGAGUUCUUCAGAUCCUCUAGGUCAGGAGGUUCUCUGGGCCCUGGGUGCGGGCUGCAGGAACAUCAGCAGCCUGCAGGUGGCACCAGCUCACCCCUGCCAACAACCCACUCGUUUUGGAAACCGUUGCCUGCAGACGAUUGGCCGAUGCUGGCCGCACAUCCGCUCCCUCAGUGUGGGCGGGGCCGGCUGUGGGACUCAGGGAUUGGUUGCUUUAGUGCGCAGCUGUUCUGACCUGCAGAUCUUGGAGUUGGAGCGUGUUACCGACCUCGGCCUGCAGGUGGCGACAGAUCUGUGUGAAGCUGGUCUGAAGAGUCUGGAGACUCUGAUCCUGACGCACUCACCCGUCAGCGGUCAGGCCAUCCUGCACUUCCAGAGUGUGUGUGAGAACAUCAGGUCUAUAGUGGUGGAGGUCUCUGUGGUGGAUUACUUUGAAGAGCCAGACACCGAAGAAUCUCGACACCUGUUUGGAGAAAUCCUCACAACGCUGAAGGUUCUUCAGCAACGACCCGGACUCUUUGACGUCUUGACGGUUAAAGCCGAAGGAUUCUGCUGACCUCGACACACACACUUCUAAAAGUACGAGGACCUUAUAUAUAUCUUAUGCAUUCCUUUAACCGACGCAGCGGAGAGAAGGGAAGAAGUGCCUACAUGAGUGAGGCAGAUUAAGAGAUGGUGUUUGUGGCUCACGUAAUCAUCAGGGUUUUUAAUCCAUAAUGUUGUUCAUAAAGUUAUUUAGAAAUCAAGUCAUCAAGAAGCACAAAGA